CGUUUCACAAUGCAAGCUCUAUCUGAAAUUGUAACUGUAACAUCAUCGUCUUCUCUGAAAUUCAGAGUGAGAGCUUCAUGGGACACACAACAGAGGCUCCCUUACAAUCGCAAUGCUCCUAGAAACCCUAAAAAGAACAACGUUCUCACUCACACACAAUCUCCUUCUCUGGUUUCAACCGCACCACCUACGCGCAAGGACCAGUACGUUUCUGAUCUACUCAAGCGCGCCACUCCUCUUCCUACCAUAGCACCUAUAGAAGAAGAAGAAGAAGAAGAAGAACAACAACAACAAGAUGAAACCUACUUGGGAUAUGAGAGAUGGCUCCCAAAUCCACCUAAAGUGGUUAAGCCUCGAUCCGUGUUUAAUGCUGCUACCUUAGCAUAUAUUGGUGAUUGCAUAUAUGAGCUAUAUGCUCGUAGGCACUUUUUAUUUCCUCCCCUUAGUAUUGAAGAAUACAAUGGUCGUGUGAUGGCAGUUGUGCGUUGUGAGGCUCAAGAUGCAUUGCUCCAGAAACUUCUUAACAGUACCUUCUUAUCAGAUCAAGAGAGGGAUGUUCUUCGAUGGGGAAAGAACAUUGAUUCAAGUAAAACUAAGACAAAAAAGCGUGCUGGUGCAGCUGCAUAUAGCAGAGCAUCUUCACUAGAAACAUUAGUUGGGUAUCUCUAUUUGACAAAUGUAAAUCGCUUGGAAAAGCUAAUGUUAGAGUUGGGAUUCUCAGUCGACUCUUCAGUGGCUUUAAAUGUGGAGGAAGUAAUAACAGGCGAGCUGAACAAUGGAUAAAGAUAAUCUUCAGGCAAUCCCGCUGGAGCAGGCAAAACAACUCAUUGAGAUUUUGUUCAAGCCAUUGUAUUCUUAUGCAAAGCCUAUCCUAGUAGAUUGACUUCUCUUUUGCUUAUUGGUGGGAUAUGCUGUACCAGUACCACAUUCCAACAUCAUAUUAUCUCGCCAUGCUAGAGAUCAGAAGCCUUUGAAAUCCUUUUUAACUUAAUAUUUCUCCUGUACAAAGGUUCUCAUGGUUUGUUAGCAAUUUAUCUUUUUAAGAUGGGUACAAUCAAAAGAGAAGACAAUGCAGCGAAGCUUUGGUUCUUCGUGGUAAAUUUGUCUUGGGGUUUGCAGUUUUGCUCGAAUUUGGUCCAGUUGAUUGGUUCAUGUGGGAAUUGAGUUGAAUACUAAGAACAUAAGGACCAAGAUAUGUAUUUCUAAUAUUACUUUGGAAUUAUUAUUUUGUUAAAGAUAUAAA